GGGGCGGGCUGAGGAGGAGAGGAGGGCCCCUUUCUCCGCCGUGGGGGCACAGAGGUUUGCAGCCGGGGAGGGUGAGGCUUUGUCGGCAGGAGCUGCAACGGGGUGAGAGCCGACAGUGGCUCCGCGGCUGCUCGCUCUUCCUAGAACGGAGCAGCGGGGGCUCCUCCGCUUCGUCCCGCCCCGGCAACGUCCGUGCAGGUCAGCGAUUUCCCCUGCGCCUGGCACGCAUCGGGUUCUGAGACAAACCGACAGAGUGCCGUGUCCUCGAAGUUAAGUCGUGCCCCAGGGUCUGGUGGGUCUCCUGCGGCAUCCUACCCUUCCUCCAUCCCCGUCCCUUUCCCUGCAGCGCCUCUGGGAAGCUGCAGCCCCUUUCUAGUGGCACCCGUGAAGAAUUUCAACGAAGAGUAUUGGGAAAUGAUUUCCUGCCGUCACUGGUGAGGGAUGGCAGCGGUUUGCAGAAAACCGGCUGUCAAGAUCCUCUCGGUGCUGUAACUACACCCCAGCCCAGCUCUCCAGCCCCAGUUAGGUACACCUCAGCACCAGAGGAGUAUACGGAUUUGUUGUGAUCGUUUUUCCUGGAUCAGAACUUGAUUAAGCUCUCUGGAAGAGGCACAGUGUACAUUGCAGGGUGAAGCUUUAUGAACAUGGCCUGAGAUACAUGAUACAUGGAACUUUUUCCUCUCUGGAAAAUUUGGGCAAAGAUAACUCCAAUUGAUUUCUGUCCUGAGUGAUAACACUCUGCAGGUUGAUUGCAGGCUCAAAAUGUGGAUAAAAUGGCUGGGAAAAGGGAGAAAUGUACUUGUUUUCCAAGGCAGAAUAUGGGACUCAUUCCUUCUUGCAGGUAGGCAAGAGAAGACCUGUCUGGUGAUUUGAAUGAAAUUUGUAAAGGAGGAGGGAAGAGAAGGGGAAGAAGGAAGAAAGCGUGCACUGCAAGCAGUGUGGAUGACUCAAUAUAUGGCAUGCUUCUGAAUCAGUUUGGUGAAGGAAACAUGAGAGCAAAAACAUCGGAUUUGUGUAAUAUCAGAACUGCAUUUCUGGUUUUAAUUAUUGCAGAGAAAUGUGAAGCCUAUGAUGUGAUGUUGAGGCAAAGUCUUGUGCUUAAUGGGCAGCCUCUCGCUAUUAAAUGUUCACUGGAAAAGAGCUUGAGAAGUGAAGACUACAACUUAACAUGGUAUAAAGUCGGUAACCAGACAGCUGUACCUAGAGACAAACUUUCUAGAAUUCAUCAGCAGAAGAAUUUAAUUUGGUUUCUUCCUGCCAUGUUAGAAGAUUCUGGAGAUUAUGAAUGUGUCAUAAGGAACUCGACAAGCUGCUGGAGAAUGGGUACAAAAGUAACAGUUUUUGAGAGGACUGAUGGUUUCUGCUUAAAUGAAAAAUUUGCUGUAGGGGAGUUGAUAUUUACAUUAUCAACUGCGAAGGUUGUCUGUCCACAUUUGGAUCAUUUCAGGAAUGAGAUGAAUUUUCAACCUGUUCGUUGGUACAAGGACUGCCAGCUGCUGGAAGGGGAAAGGUUUGCCUUCUCAAACAGAGAUCUUAUAAUUUCCAAUGUGACUGUACAGGAUCAAGGAAAUUAUACAUGCGAAACAACAUAUACCUACAAUGGAAAACAGUAUAACAUUUCACGAGACGUCAGUCUGACUGUAGAAGUGAGCCCACCAAAAAAGCCCCCUGAAAUAUCUUACCCAAGAAACAACUCCAUUGAAGUGGAACUUGGCUCACAGGUUACAGUGGAUUGCAAUACAACAGGUGCUGAUGGGUAUGAGGUGUUUUGGACAAGCAAUGGUGUAUAUAUUGAUGUAUUUUUUAUGAACAGAAUUUAUGCAAGUCCCUAUGAGGAUGAAACUUCUCAUGAUGGACGCCCUGUGCAUUCUGUGAAGCUAGUAAUUUUGGAAGUGAAUAGUGAAGAUUAUGAACAACCGUUUGUCUGCCAAGCUUCAAAUGCCUUUGGGCAGGUUGCAUCCUAUAUUAUAUUAAAACACAGAGCUCCUGACAUACAGAGCUGGCUGACUGGAGGCCUUCUCUCUCUGUUAAUUUUAACAUUUGUCACUUUCAUAAUCUACAAGAUUUUCAAGAUUGACUUGGUGCUUUGGUACCGUAGUUCUGUGUGUGCUUUUACAAGUAAAGAAGAUGGGAAAUUAUAUGAUGCAUACGUCCUGUACACAAAAAGCAGUGGAAAUGGAAGUUUCUAUCACUUGGAAACCUUUGUUCAUAGAACACUUCCUGAGAUUUUAGAACAACAAUGUGGAUAUAAUCUCUUUAUAUCGGGAAGGGAUGAUUUACCAGGAGAAGCUGUGGUCAGUGUUGCUGAUGAAAUCCUUAAGCAAAGCAGAAGACUGAUGAUUAUUUUGGGAUCAGAAACAUCUGAUUGCUGCCUGUUAGAAAAUACCACUGAGCAACAACUAGCUAUGUAUAAUGCUCUCAUCCGUGAUGGGAUUCAAGUGAUUCUUAUAGAAAUGGAUGAAAUACUGGACUAUACAAGCAUGCCAGAAUCAAUCAGAUACAUUAAGCAAAAACAUGGAGCUAUCCAAUGGAAAGGGGACUUCUCAGAGAAAUCUUGUUCAGCAAACACACGAUUCUGGAAAAAUGUGCGCUAUCAGAUGCCAUCUAAGAAAAAGAUAUCUUACCCUGAAGUGUAUUUGUUGCCCUUGAAUGUGAACCAUUCUGCAGCAAAGGGAAAUUAAGAUGUACUUAUUAAAAUAGUACCAAGAA